AACAAGUGGUAGGUCAGUUGCCACAACCACCUUUCCAUGUUAUAAGCUCACAAACUUUGCACUAUAAUUAGCCCAUUACAAAACUAGUGCCACCACAAGUUAAAUUUUAAAGUUAGCGAGAUAUGACAACGCUGUUUCUCCCGACGAGCACCGAUGAGAAGACACUACGGCCGAGCUUCGUUCGUGACGAAGAUGAACGACCGAAGGUCCCAUACAACGAGUUCAGCGACGAAAUCCGGAUCAUAUCACUGAAGGGGAUUGAUGAUGCAGUCGAGGGUAAACGAGAGAAGAUACGCAACAAGAUCGUGGAGGCUUGCGAGGAGUGGGGGAUUUUUCAGGUGGUGGACCACGGUAUUGAUGCGGGACUCAUUGCAGACAUGAUGAGGCUUGCCCGGGAGUUCUUCGCUCUGCCGCCAGAGGAGAAGCUGAGGUUUGAUAUGUCCGGUGGGAAGAAGGGUGGGUUUACUGUUUCAAGCCAUCUUCAGGGUGAAGCAGUGCAAGAUUGGAGGGAGAUUGUAACAUUCUUCUCCUACCCAACAAAAUCCCGUGACUACUCUCGGUGGCCUAAUAAGCCCGAAGGCUGGAUAUCAGUAUCUGAAAAGUAUAGUGAAAAUCUAAUGGGCCUAGCCUGCAAACUCUUAGGUGUUCUCUCCGAGGCCAUGGGACUUCACACUGAGGCUCUAACAAAUGCCUGUAUUGAUAUGGAUCAAAAAAUAGUUGUCAAUUUCUACCCAAAAUGCCCACAACCGGAUCUCACCCUCGGUCUAAAGCGCCACACCGAUCCCGGCACCAUCACUCUUCUUCUUCAAGACCGAGUUGGAGGUCUACAAGCAACCAAGGACGGGGGUAAGACUUGGAUCACUGUUCAACCAGUGGAGGGAGCAAUUGUGGUUAACCUCGGCGAUCAUGGUCAUUAUCUAAGCAAUGGUCGAUUCAAGAAUGCGGAUCAUCAAGCAGUGGUGAAUUCGAACUGUAGUCGCAUGUCGAUUGCGACGUUUCAGAAUCCAGCUCCCAAUGCGAUUGUGUAUCCAUUGGCGAUAAGGGAGGGAGAGAAGGCGAUAUUGGAUGAGCCAAUGACGUUUAUGGAGAUGUACCGGAAGAAGAUGAACCGAGACCUUGAGCUUGCCAAUAUCAAGAAGUUGGGUAAGGAGAACCAGCAGGCGGUUAAGGAGAAGUCAGCCAAGCAUGUGGUAGCCCAGCCAAAGCUUGAUGAGAUCUUUGCUUGAAUCAUAUAGCUACGAGCUUCUUCUUUUUUUUUCUUUUUUUUUCUUUUUUCCGUUCUUUCUCAUCACCUUGUCCUUAGACUUAAUAUUAUGUGCAACAUUAACUAGAAUCUGGAAACUGGGAUGUUGAAACACGAACAAAGAAGUGGAUAAAGGGAUCAUCUAUUGUUGUCAUCUAUGCUCAAAAGAGUUAUUAGACCUCAACUCAGAUUGUCUAAAAUUUGUACUAGUUCGUACAAUUGUUAUUCUUAUCCUAGA